UCAUCACGUCGCGCCGAGUGACCGUCACAGCGGGGGUAACAUGGCGGCGCACGGUCUCACUCCGUCUCUCGGCAGGCUGCUGUUCGCGGUAAAGUAUGGCUCCUUCCAGUCAAGAUGCUGUGCACUGCACAGCAAGUCACACUAUUCCACUGUCUACGAUCCCACUGAAAAGACUUUUGAUAAGAUCCUCAUCGCCAACAGAGGAGAGAUAGCGUGCAGAGUGAUUAAGACAUGUAAGAAGAUGGGUAUCAAGACUGUAGCUGUGCACAGUGAUGUGGACUCCAGUUCGGUUCAUGCAAAGAUGGCUGACGAGGCAGUGUGUGUUGGCCCCGCCCCCACCAGUAAGAGCUACCUCAACAUGGACGCCAUCAUGGAGGCCAUUAGAGUGACUGGAGCACAAGCUGUUCAUCCUGGCUAUGGGUUCCUUUCUGAAAACAAAGAGUUUGCAAAGCGACUGGCAUCAGAGGGCGUGAUAUUCAUUGGUCCAGAUACCCAUGCUAUCCAAGCUAUGGGCGAUAAAAUAGAGAGCAAGCUAAUAGCUAAGGCUGCUAAGGUCAAUACUAUCCCAGGAUUUGAUGGAGUUGUGAAGACUGCUGAGGACGCUGUGAAGAUUGCACAGGAAAUUGGUUACCCAGUGAUGAUCAAAGCAUCUGCCGGAGGAGGAGGGAAAGGAAUGAGGAUUGCGUGGAAUGAUGACGAGACACGGGAUGGUUUCCGGUUCUCAUCCCAGGAGGCAGCAUCAAGCUUCGGUGAUGACAGGCUGCUCAUUGAGAAGUACAUAGACAACCCCAGACAUAUAGAAAUACAGGUGCUGGCUGAUAAACACGGGAACGGUCUGUGGCUAAAUGAGAGGGAGUGCUCGAUCCAGAGGAGGAACCAGAAGGUGGUAGAAGAGGCUCCCAGCACUUUCCUGGACCCGGUCACACGACGGGCGAUGGGUGAGCAGGCGGUUCAGCUGGCCAAGGCUGUGCAGUACAGUUCUGCCGGCACCGUGGAGUUCCUGGUGGACUCUAAGAAGAACUUCUACUUCCUGGAGAUGAACACACGACUACAGGUGGAACAUCCCAUCACAGAGUGCAUCACUGGACUGGACCUGGUGGAGCAGAUGAUCAGGGUCGCCAAGGGUUACCAGCUGCAGCACAAACAGGAAGACAUUCCAAUAAAUGGCUGGGCUGUUGAGAGUCGUGUGUAUGCAGAGGAUCCUUACAAGUCAUUUGGUCUUCCCUCCAUCGGACGGUUGUCUCAAUACCAAGAGCCGCUCAACAUCAGCAAUGUGCGUGUUGACAGUGGCAUCCAGGAGGGCAGUGACAUCAGCAUCUACUAUGAUCCCAUGAUCUCUAAGUUGGUGACUUAUGGAGCUACACGUGCUGAAGCCCUGUCCAAGAUGAAAGACGCUCUGGACAACUACGUUAUCCGAGGUGUGACACACAACAUUCCCCUCCUGCGAGAAAUCAUCACACACCCUCGCUUCAUCUCUGGUGAUAUCACCACUAACUUCCUGCCUGAGGUUUAUCCAGACGGCUUCAAGGGUCAUCAGCUGCAGGUGGACAGGCGCAGGGAGCUGCUGGCUUCAGCAGCUGCGCUCUACAUCGCCGCUCAGCUCCGCUCACAGACGUUCCUGGGCGACCUGAGGGUGACCUCCACCCCAGUGGAGUGUAGCCGCUGGGAGCUGUGUGUGGAGCUGGGGGAGGAACGCUAUUCCAUGGACGUUACCAAAGCAGGAAAUGUUUAUACUGUCAAUGCUGAUGGAGGGACAGUGGAAGUCAGUGGACAGUGGAACCUGUCCUCCCCACUGCUGCCACUCACCAUCAAUGGCUCUCACAGAAUGCUACAGUGUCUGUCUCGAGACGCCACAGGAAGGAUUGUCCUGCAGUACCUGGGCACAUCGUUUCAGCUGCGUGUUCUGUCCAAGUUGACGGCAGAGUUGGACUCAUACAUGCCAGAGAAAGUUCCAGAGGACUCCAGCAGCAUCCUGCGUUCACCCAUGCCAGGAACCAUGGUGGCUGUGUCCGUCAAACCCGGAGACACGGUUGCAGAAGGUCAGGAGAUCUGUGUGAUCGAAGCCAUGAAGAUGCAGAACAGUUUGACUGCAGUCAAACAAGCAAAGGUUAAGAGUGUCCACUGUAAACCAGGAGAGACGGUGGGAGAGGGAGACCUGCUGGUGGAGCUGGAAUAAAAGCCGACCUUUGACCUCUGUGUGUGUGUGUGUGAGAGAGAGAGAGAGACCUCAGCACCAGGAUGAGCCUUAUUCUUCAUGUCCACAGAGGGUCACCUCUGGCACUGUCUCUCAUCAAACCUCUGUUUUUGUUUUCUCUGUGAUUUCUAGACAUGACCGUUGUGAUGUUUGAGGUGGUGACAUGUAAACAGCACUGACUGUCAUCCAUGUAGGUUAGGGUUAGAAUUCCUCUCACUGUUGUUAUUCAACAGCAAACUAAGGUUGUCUACCCUGCAAACUCUCCCACACCAAAGAUGUGAUCUUCACAUCUUCUCUGGCUUUGAUGUCCUUUGAUCAGGUUUACUCCCGUGUCCCUGUGAGAUAAAAAGGGCUCCUUUCCUCUAUGGACUUUGUUGUGGAAGUUUCCAGUCACGACAUGGUUGUCUGAUGAUGAGAUAAAGUGGGAAACACAUUCUUAAGAUAUUCUGUUGAGUUCAAGUGUCUCCUACAAUCACACGGUCAAAUUCCCAUUUGUCACUUUAGUCGCACAGACAGCUGCUGAAGGACAUGAAUGAUGCUGACCUGUCAUUUUCAUAUUCUUCAUUAAAAAACAAAAACGUGUUAUAAAUCAUGACUCUCAGUGUGUUAAAGAAAGUAAAAUCAACUAAUAAAGGUCCUAUUUUUCACAACACUGUUUGACUUCAUCACAAACCUCGUUAAGAAUAAGAAAAGAGAUAAACACUAAAGUGGUUGGUUUGGGAUUGAGGAAAUCUGGUGAGUUAUGAUGUGCAAAGUAUGAUACAUAUAUACAUACAUAUAUAUAUAUAUAUAUAUAUGUAUGUAUAUAUGUGUGUGUAUGUAUAUAUAUAUGUAUACCUCCCUUAAAAGCAUUUAUCUUCAGUUCUUUUAUUUGUAAAUAUCAUCAUCUUUGUCUUAUUAAGUGAAAUUUAAUAAGUUUAAAUGCCCCUUGUAGCUUUUUUGCAAUGAAACGUUUCUUCCCCUCUUCCAGAUUGCCAUCAUCAUCUGCAAAUAAAGAAAAUCCAGAAUCCUU